ACUCGCACAUGCAUGAACUGCCAAGAGGCACGAACCCUCGAACACACUCACGGGCUCCCAGACUUGAGAGUGAAAUGUGGUUUCGCGAAGACCUUUUAAAGUCCAUAUGGCACGCUUUCACAGCCCUGGACGUGGACCAGCGUGGGAAAGUGUCCAAGUCUCAGUUAAAGGUGCUGUCUCAUAGCCUGUGCACCGUCAUGAAGAUUCCUCAUGACCCCUUGGCUCUCGAGGAGCAUUUUAAAGAUGAUGAUAAAGGGCCUCUCUCCAACCAGGGCUAUAUGCCCUACCUCAAUAGGUUCAUUCUUGACAAGGUACAAGAGGAUUUUGAUGUGCUGGAGUUCAACAAGAUGUGCUGGACGCUGUGUCACAAGAAAAACAUCUGCACAAGCAAUCUCCUCAUUUCAAACUACGACGCCUUUAAAAUCUGGUGCAUUUUCAACUUCCUUUCUGAAGACAAGUACCCACUUGUCAUUGUGACCGAGGAGUUGGAGUACUUCCUGCAAAAGCUAACGGACGCCAUGGCGAGCGGAUGGAGCGAGGAGAACCUUUCGGAUGCCAAGCUCCAGCUGAGCAGCAGACGCUUCCUGACCGUGUGGGAGAUGAUCCAACUGGUGGGAACAGGUGCCUUCAGCAAGGGCAUGCACCAGCAAAGUCUUUCGAUGGGCAUCAACGAGGUCUUCCAGGAGCUCAUACUGGACGUGAUAAAGCAGGGCUACAUGAUGAAAAAAGGCCAUAAGCGGAAGAACUGGACAGAGCGCUGGUUUGUGCUGCGACCCACCUCAAUGUCAUACUACCUUUGUGAGGAUCUUGUUGAUAUGAAAGGUCACAUCACACUGGAACAAAACUGCUCCGUGGAGUCUCUCCCAGACAGAGAAACAAAGAAAUGUCUGUUCAUCAUCAAGUGCCCCAAUAAAAGCUUUGAGAUCAGCGCAUCUGAUAAAAAGAAGAAGCUGGAAUGGAUUCAAGCUAUUCAAAGCUGCAUCCAGCUGCUGAGGUUGGGGCUGCCCUCCCCUCAUCGCGAGGCCAGGCUGAGGCGCCGCGAGCUGCGGCAGAGGCAGCGGGAGAAGGACGACGACCUGGCCGAGAGGAUGAAGCAGCUCCAGGCGGCCAACGACAGCAACCAGAUGCAGCUGGACGUCAUGAGGAAGAAAAUGGAGGCGGUCGCUGUUGAAGCGGCGACCGAGGAAGAGAGGAGGAAGAAGACUCAGCUAGAUCUGCAGGAUCGCUUCAGACUGGACCUGGAGAGAGAGAAAAUGGUGCGUCAGCAGAUGGAGAAGCAGGUGGCCCAGCAGUCCAGUGAACUGGAGCAGUACCUGCAGCGUGUCCGCGAGUUGGAGGACAUGUACCGCCAACUGGAGGAAGCCUUGGAAGACGAGAGGCAGGCCAAGCAGGAUGAAGAGGCCAUGCGCAAGCUGCAGGCCAGGCUGCUGGAGGAGGAGGCCGCCAGGAGGGCGGAGCUGGAGUGCCUCCACCUGCAGCAGAAGCAAGCGCUGUGCCAAACCCAAGCCGAGAAGCAGGAGCUGGAGGCCGAGCGGCUGGACAAGGAGCGAGAGCUGCAGGCCGCCGUGGUGCAGCUGGAGAGGGUGGAGACGGAGCGACACGGUGCUCUGCAGAAGUACGAGGAGGUGUCGAGGAAUCUGGAGCGAGCCUCGAACAAGACCAAGAAGUGGAAAGACCAAGUGGCCAAACAUGAAGGACUGGUGCGUCUCAUCCAGCCAGGCCACAAGGGUCCCCAGAGGGUGACCAACUGGGGGCCGGCCUCGGUGACCGACGUGGAGCUUGAGCUGAGGAAGAAGUUCUGGCAGGAGAGCAAGAAUCACCAAGGUCAAAGUUCAUGAAGGAACAAUGACAACACCUUAAAACAAUUUGAAAUCUUUUUCUCUUCCCACCCACAUCCCAUUUGUCGAUUACACACAGUGGUACCUUGACUCCAUUGACCAAAUGGUUUACUGCAUAGUACUGGAUUGACUCAUUUUUCUCAUUUAUCAUGUCACAGCAUGUGAUAGACUGUUGCUUUACUCAUUAAAAAAUAGAUACAAUCCAAGAU